AUUGCAGCUAUCGGGCUUCAGAAAAUAAUAUCACUGCUAAUAUUUAAAGCUCUAUUUCUAAAGCCAUGAAGGCUAAACGGAAGAUCCCCGCGCUGUUUCUCAGUCUGAGCCUCUAUUUUCUGUGGUGAGCAUCACAAGUUAAACCAAGGGAGCGCACCACGCAAGCGCGUAAAGAGAUUGGACACCUGAUUUUGUGGGGUGUCUUUAGAGCGCUAUUCUUAUUUUUUUAAGUCAAACAAUCCGUGUUUUUCCCCAGGCCCUAGCUGCGCUGCGGUGGGGGGAAGAUACACCGUGGAUUAUAAUAACCAACAUGGACAAAUGAAGGAAAGAGGACUGAUCACUGCGUUGACUUUUGAAGCAACGCGCAGAGUCUUGACGCUAGCGUCUAUUUUACAGUGAGCGCCUUUUUUUCCCCUCUCUCCUCUUUGAUUCCCACUCGCUGCUCAACAUUAGAAAAGUCCAAAUAUCUGUGUGGAUAAGGAGCACAGAGCAGGGUGUUGUCAGAGAGGGAUGAGAGGAGGAGGGGGCAGUAUGAGGUGUGCUUUUUUUGGAAAAGCCGGAGAAAGACGGACACCGAGAAGGUGUUCUGAUGUGCGAAAUCCUACGACGCGCUGCCCUCCUGAGAAAUAAUUGUGAUCAGGGAAGAAAUGGCCUAGUUAAAACAUCAUCGACACACCGGCAGAGGAUAGAAACAGAAGAAUCGUGUUCCGAUGGACGGGCCAUCACCACCGCCAUCAUCAUAAUUCCAGUGCUUGCAUCGAGUCUUUUUUAGGUGUAAUUGGCUUCCUGACUGCAGCUCUGGACCCAUCAGGAGUUCCAAAGACGAAGGCGGAUGAGACCACAGAGUCUACCUGAGAAUGAUACCUGUCACCCUAGGAAAACCGUUGACCUGUCCCCUUCCACAUAUCCUAUUUUUGCCUUUAUUUCCCAUCACCCACUGAUUUUGUGAUCCCUUUCCACACCCAACUUAACUCCUAUUGAUAUGACUAAAAGAGCCUUUAUUUUGGACAUGUUGUUUUUUCCUCUCAAUGCUGCCAGCCACCAAGGCUAUGGUGGGAAGCGUCACUUUAGUUCUCAGCGGGUCGCCAAUCACUGCCUGCUGUGGCUCUUGGGACUGGUGCUUCACCUCACCCUUUCCUCAUGUCAACGGGUUGACCUGAAAUACCCCAUAGUGUCCACAGGCUAUGGAAAGAUCCGUGGUAUCAGGAAGGAGCUCAACAAUGAGAUCUUGGGCCCUGUGGAACAGUUCUUAGGUGUGCCAUACGCCACCGCACCCGUCGGUGAGCGCCGCUUUCAGCCUCCUGAAGCUCCAGGCUCAUGGCAAGAGAUUCGCAAUGCCACCCAAUUUGCACCAGUCUGUCCCCAGAAUGUCCACGGGGUUUUACCUGAGAUCAUGCUACCAGUGUGGUUCACAGACAACCUGGAUGCUGCAGCGACCUACGUUCAGAACCAGAGCGAGGAUUGCCUUUACCUCAACAUCUAUGUACCCACUGAAGAUGGUCCGCUCACUAAAAAACAAGAUGAGUCUACGAUGAACAGACCAAGGGAUGAAGAUAUUCGGGAUCGUCGUAAGAAGCCUGUGAUGCUCUUCAUCCAUGGAGGCUCCUACAUGGAGGGCUCAGGGAACUUGUUUGAUGGCAGCGUCCUGGCUGCCUACGGAAAUGUCAUCGUGGUCACCAUGAACUAUCGGCUGGGCGUGCUCGGUAAGUUUGGUGUUCCGCAUCCUGCCGGGCUUUAUCAGCCAUAA